CCGGCAUGGGGGAGACAGAAAAGGCGGCGGGAAAGGAAAGCGAGCAGCUGGAAGUGGAAGCAGUGCGUGUGGUGUUCGGCGCUUGCGUCGCCAUCGUUCUUUGGGAUGAACUUUGCGAUAAGCAAGAUACUGGCUUCACCAAGGUUAGGGGGGUGAACCUGGGGGGCUGGCUGGUGGUGGAGGGGUGGAUCAAGCCUUCCUUGUUUGAUGGCAUCCCGAACGGGGACAUGCUUGAUGGCACACAGGUGCAGCUUAAGUCCGUGGGGCUCCAGAAGUACUUGAGUGCUAGCGGAGGUGGUGGCGGGAACUUGACAGUGGAUCAGGAUGCUGCUUCAACGUGGGAGACCUUCAGGCUUUGGAGAGUUUCUUAUCGUGAAUAUCAAUUUCGGUGCAUCAAAGGUCAGUUCUUAACAGCAAGUAAUGGAGAUGUGAUCUCAGCAACUGUAGAUUCACCAGGAGACACUGAGACAUUUUACAUCGAAAGGAACAAUUCAAUGCUUCAUAUCAAGCUUUUAAACGGGGGCUAUUUGCAGGUCACAAACAAUAAUCAGCUCACUUCAAAUUAUCCUUCCCAACCAGGAUGGGAUGAUGGCAUGGCAACAUUUGAAAUGACGAUAGUUGCCAACAACUUACACGGAGAUUACCAACUUGCUAAUGGGCUUGGGCCUGAUCAGGCAAUGGUUGUCUUAACUGAACACCGAAAAAACUUUAUCACAGGAAAAGAUUUCUAUUUUCUCUCACAAAGUGGUAUAAAUACAGUUAGGAUUCCAGUUGGAUGGUGGAUUGCAUAUGAUCCUAAUCCACCUGCUCCAUUUGUCAGUGGUUCCCUGGAUGCCCUGGAUAGAGCAUUCUACUGGGCACAGAUUUAUGGCUUGAAGUGCAUCAUUGAUCUUCAUGCGGCCCCUGGCUCUCAAAAUGGAAUGGAGCACAGUGCAAGUAGGGAUGGUUCAGUAGAUUGGCCUUCAGCAGCUAACAUUGAGAAAACACUGGAUGUCAUUAAUUUUCUAGCUCAAAGAUAUGCAAACAACCCUCGUCUUCUAGGUAUUGAGCUAUUGAACGAGCCUUCUGCAGGUGCAGUACCGCUAGACACUCUAGCGCCAUAUUACAAAACAGGAUACCAGAUUGUACGAAGUUACUCGGACAAUGCUUAUGUUAUAUUCUGCCAGAGGAUUGGGAAUGCAGACCCAAUGGAACUUUAUCAGGCUGACCUGGGUCCAAUUAACACUGUUGUUGACUUGCAUUACUACAACCUAUUUGAUCCGUUUUUUGAAAAACUCAAUGCAACAGAGAACAUACAGUUCGUAUACAAGAACAGAAUGCCUCAAGUGCAAACCCUGAAUAAAGUAAAUGGACCUCUUGUUUUUAUUGGGGAAUGGGUAAAUGAAUGGAAUUUGACAGGCGCUUCACAAACAGAAUACCAGUUGUUCGGAAAAGCUCAAUUAGAGGUCUAUGGGGAAGCCUCGUUUGGAUGGUCUUAUUGGACAGUCAGGUGCAACAGUGUGCACUGGGAUUAUGAAUGGAAUAAAAGGAACGGGUACCUCAUUGGUGGUUCCCGGUUGGAAAGACCAAAGUACAUGCUUCUCGUUGCAGGAUGCCUUAUUUAUCUUUUGUCUAUACUGACAUGAUACUAGAGACUUAUCAGCAGAAGAUAGAAUAAUAGAAUUCCUCUCACCUUGAGGCAUUUUUUACGGUUCAUUCUUUUUCUCUAGUCUGUACACUCCAAUACAAGCAAUGUCCAUUAUCUGGUCAAGGUUUUCUCUACUACUCUGCAAGGGGGAGUUUUGUCCGUCUGCCCACUCGUCUUAUCACGGGGAAGUUUUGUUCCCUCUUGUACAGAAAAAAAAAAGAAACAACCCCAACUAAUAAAAUUGAUACACACAUAAAAACGUCCCAUUUAGAAAAACCAGAUUAGGAAAAAAAAAAUGAACCACAUGUAACUAUUGGCCAGACCUUUCUUCAAAUCCGCUUGCCAAGGGCAUUUUACUGUCUUUAUAGUAAAUUGAGUGCAGCCUUUGUUGAACCUA